UGGCAGCUCUGAAGCGGCUGGUGGUGUCUCGGUGGCGGAGGAUAGCAGCUCCGAAGCCAGCACCACCGAUCCAAGCGACCGUACAUGGCAAAAGUAAGUUCUAAACCUCACUCACAUCAGUGCAAAAACUGUGAACAAACUGUAAGGUUGCUUUGAGCUCAUUUUCUUCUGUCUGUGUUUUUUUCAGAGAUCAAUCAGAGUACAGCACAACUGUCAGGGUCAAGAUGACGCAAAUGGGGCUUUACUCAAAGUUCCCUGCAGAAGAGGCCAUGCUGACAGAUUUUAAGCGCUACCUGAUCAACACCCUGCAGGUCCCAAACUGCCAGCAGGAGGUAGACAACGUCUCCAGGAUGCUGAGGUACAUCCAGCCAAGUGGGGAAGAAGUCAGCUUGGACUUCCUGCUAAAGUCCACUGAGACCAAAGACUACCUCACCCAACUCCGGCGCGCUGACAUGGUCCCAGCCACCAUUUUGAACUACAUAAAGAACAUGAUCCGGUUUGUUCAGUAUUUGAAGACCCACCUGAACUUGGCUGCAGCAGAUCCGGACUUCUACAGGAAGUGCCAAGCCUACCUCGACCUCCUCGCUUCCAUCAGAAAGCCAGUGGCCAAGUCACACAGCAAGGUCACCUGUAAAACAAGGUCAGUUGCUAAUCUGCUUUCCAUUUGUUUUUCUUUAAUGACUUCGUGCUACAGACAUGUGUGUAAUUCUCCGCCACAUUGUGGUCUUGUAUGUCAUUCUAGGUAUGAACGGUUCCAAGAGGGUGAGAAGAGCCUUCAGGAGUGCCAGGCAGUCCUCCGGAAGGCCAAAAAAGACAUGCUGUCCGUUUAUGGGAGGCUGCUGGAAGGUGACCACGUGGCUUCAGAGGAAAAGACGAUGUUCCGGUACUUCUGUGAAGCAAUCCUGAUCCUCGGUCACUUCCAGAGACCAGGAGCGGUGGAGGGAGUAACAACAGCAGAGUGGGAGGCCAGAAAGGAUUCUGGGGGAAAGGUGUGCGUGGCUGUAAGCGAACACAAGACUGCGACAAUGCAGAUCGCCGUGUUUGCCCUCACAAUGGAGGAGGCAGCAAUGCUGGAUGCAUACUACACAUGGAUCCGCCCUGACUCCAUCCGGCCGGAUGUAGAUAAUGCAAACAGGUUGUUUGUUUCGUCGUCAGGCACGAAAAUCAGGAGCGCAACCAACGACCUCUCUCGUCUGCACAUACACUACAAACUGCCCAGCAUCACGAGCCAGCAGAUACGUAGGACCGUGGAGACAAAUGUGGCUGCCAACUUUUCAGAGGAGCAGAAGGCGUCUGUGGCCCACUACAUGGCCCAUUCGACUGCAGUGGCAAACCAGCACUACAGGAUGAAGACCCUGGACACUGUUGUGGCCACUUCCAACCUGCUCAGCUCCCUGACACGGUAUGUAAUUAUCUGAAAUAUAAUUAUGUUAUAUGUUAUAAAUCUGUUAUAAUUAUAUUGUCUCUCAACGCUCAUCCAUCAGUUCGUUAGUGUGUAACCUUGAAAACUUUUCAAUGUUGCAGCUCCUCUUCUGACGACUCUGGCGAAG